GGCGUGAUGGACAAUUCAAAAACGAAACACGAGGUGGAGGAGGUAAAGUCGGCGGGACGAAAGCUCAGUCCACAUACGCGGAUGUGUUGAGCCCAGUGCAUGGGAAAGGUACGUGACUUAGCAUGGAAAUGAGCUCCUUUGGGACUUCGUAGAUGCAAGCAGGAGCCCCCAACUACCACACGACCUCGCUCCGCUUGAGUCUCGGUCCAUGUCGAUCAGACCUUGAUCCACAACUAUUCGAAGUGAAAGAUCACAGACAACCUGUAGUAGGUGUCGAGCUUGUUGGAUAGUCGGAUAGUAGCAGCUCCCGAUGUGCUGAGCUCGAUCUUGCAUAGCGUGUGUUUGUGGUGUUUUUGGACCUCCAGCAUCCACAGCGCUUCAGUGGUGCCGCAACAGCAGCUAGCCGCAAUCGGAAUGGCUAUGGCAUUGCCCAUUCAUGUUAGAUUCCGAUUGCGAAGCCGAACGGGGCGUUUACAUAAUGCAGGAGCGAUCGUGGGUGAGGAGGCAAGGUGCUCGAGCAAACUAUAAAUAUCGGACAGUUGUUUCACGAGUUGGUUGCGCGAGCCAAAGGAGGGCGGCGACGACAAUGCCUCCGCCGAAUCGGCAAAAGGAGCUUGAGGCCCAGGUUGAAGAGCUCAAGGGCCAAGUGGAGGCAUUGGCGAAACGCAAUGCUGCCGACAAGGCGCAGAUGCAAACUGCCAUCGAAAUGGAGAAACGACUUCGAACGCAGCACAUGACAGAGGCCGCAGAAGCACGAGCUAAAGCGGACGAGUUACGUCAGGUCACUACGACCCUCCAGCAAGACAAGGACGAGCUCGAGAUUGCGAUUUCCGCCGCGCGGGCCAACGAACAGCAGAUACUCGAAGCGUACAACGCGUUGGAUGCCCAGCUGCGAGAAACGUAUGCAAUGUACCAGCACCUGGAAGCCCAUAGUCACACCCAAGCAGCCACAAUCCAGAAAUUGCAAGAUCAAGUGGACCGCGCCGCGAUCGCCGAAACCACCUACCAAAACGAGCUCGCCACGGCUGUCACCCGCGCCAACGAACUGGAAGCGCAGUGGCUGCAAAACCAAUCAGCGGUCGAUGACUCGUGUGCAAACUUGCGAGCAGAGCUAGCCGACCGAGACGAGCGCAUGAAAGCUCACAAACUAGAGCAUCAGUCCCAGCUUCUGGAGCUCGAAGCGACCCUCGAACGAGUGCAAGCCGAGCUCACGGCGUCCAAGACUCUAGCGGGAAACCUUGAGAAAGAAUUGAGUGCAGUACACCACACGAGUGACCGCGACGCCGCCAGUGCUGCGAUCAAGGAGCUGCAAGAGGAAGUGUUCAAGACGUCGACUGCGCUCGUCGCUCAAGGCGAGACCCUCCUGACUCUCACAGAGGCCCACAAAAAGGUCAAACUGGCGUUGCAAGUUGCCAAGAAGGACGUCAGCGACGCUCGAGCGCUGUUGCUUCGAGGGAUAUCUGGUCCGGACGUCGACGUGAGUUUGUAUCAACACGUGCGGCUCGAAGAGCUCGUGCGACUGCGACUCAAGGCGGAGAUCGACAUGGAAGCUGUAUUGGAGGGCGACUGCGGCGGCAGCGACGGCACUGAGGCCGAGAUCCAGUCGGAUUUGGGGCUCGGGAUGGGCAGCUUAGGAAAGCUCGAGCGCGAGAUGCGGCUCCUUCGUAGUCGAAACAAACGGCUCAGCGAUCGAGCGGUCGAUCUGGAAAAAGAGCUUUCCACAGCCGUGGCGGCGAUGGACGAUGUCAAGGCGCUGAAGGAGAAGACCGCCGAGUUGGCAGGGCGGCAACGCACUGAGAAGGAGCUUCGGACACGGACGGACGCCGCGUUGGUGGAGGCCAACGAAAAGAUCGUCGCGUUGUCGGAACACAUCGAAAAGCUCAUGGUGCACUUGAAGCACGAGGCUGCGGCCAAGGCCAAGGCACAGGACGCAUUGAAAGCAGUGGAAGCCGAGCGACGGGAGCUCAUUGACGCGUCGACCAGUCUGACCAAGAAGACAAACGCCAAGGACCGCGUGAUCUCGGAGCUGCAGCAAGGUAGCAAGAUCCUCGAAGACCAGCUGCGCUUAAUGGACGAAAAGUACAUUGAGCUCCGCAACAAGUUGGACUGGUCGCGCACAACGUCGCAGAAGGAGUCGCGUCGCCUUCAACACGAGCUCAACACACUGCGAUGCAAGUGGCAGCUCGCGAUGGACACGGGCCAGCUGCCUACCGAGCAAGUCGCGUCAGUCCUGAAACCACUGAAGAAGAUGGCGACUCUCAGCAGCUCAGCGUCGGAAUCAAAGGUAUCCAACAACCGGGAAAGCUCGCCACCUUCGAAUACGGCAAGUUCCCGUGAUGGGGCUCGGUCCCCGCCGCCACCCAAACGCGCGACGUUCGACAUUCCAAAGUUGCCUCAACCCGCCAGUGAAGACGGCACGCCUUGGUCCGAUGCCAAGCUCGGGAUGCUGCAGAAACAACUCGACCACACGCAUCAUCACACAAGGACGUAAUGACUUGUUACGCCACACGCACUAACUUGCGGCAGUUCUGAAAUUGCCUGUCAGUGGACUCGUCUUUCUUGGCGUUAUGAUUGAGGCCGCUGAAAGCGACCCAUUGCUCGAGAGAUCGCGUGGACCCGAUCGAGUACAUUUCGUCUUUACUGCUGGGAGGUUCGCCCGAGUUGAAGCGAAGAACUCGACGGAUGCGAAUGUAGCUUUCUUUUUGUCUGGCCACGAGCCGCGCCAUGGCCGUGUCGUCGCUCGCAAUCGUAUGAAUCAACGAUGGGUGCAGGGGGUGCUGCACCCGACGUGUAUAUUUUUCAAACACAACGUCGGUCGUGGGCGAGUAAAAGUCGUACCCGCGAGUCCACCACCGCACGGCUCGGUAGUACGCGAGGCCUUCCCAAACAAAUUCGACAUUGGGGUCAGACGGCGCCUCGAUCAGCGCCUUGAUCGGGCCGAACAGAAAGUCUUCCGAGUACUGCGACACCAAUCGUGGAGUGGAUGUCCGCGGGUCGGCGAUCAGCACGGGGAGGUUGAAUGCCACCACUGCAAUGUUUGAUUGAAUAGACGUGAUGCGACCAGUGCAGAGAAUGGCUUGCUGCGAAGAGUCGGUUGGCCACUCCUUGGACCGAACGGCCGGAGGAGCAAAGCUGAGAAGGGCCUUGGGAUUCCCGAUGGACGUCCAUUGCGCCAGCACUGCGACAUCCCAGCGCGGCGUGAAUUCAAGUCGCGUCGUGAUUGAGAGGAAGUAUUUGUGGCGAGACUGUACGACCAUGGACUCGGCGAUGGCGCGGGCUGGACCAGGACCAAUGUGGUCGGCAGCGUGGCGUCGCUUGUGAUGGAUACGAGUGGCGUGGUAUUCGCAAAUAGAGGGAGACGUUUGGCAAAGCAGUUGAAAGCACGUCGUGUCAUCGUUCGAUCCAAGCUCAACUUCUUCGAACAGGUAGAUGUGGAUCGAGACCGAGUAUUGGGCAGUGUCGUAGAGGGAUUGCAACGUUUGCAUGCACUCUUCAUUGUCGCGGUAGUGUGUGAGUACGACGCCAAUCGAAGGCGAUGCACCUUCACCGAAGACAGGUUUGGCCGUUGCUUGAUUCCGGCGGAGGUUCUCCAAAAUGCUCGUAUCGCUCAUUUGCGGCAUCACAGACGAGAGCUUGAUCAUUUCAAAGUAGACAAUGACGACACCAACCACGCAUACUGCCAAGAGUGCUUGAAAAUUACUUUUUCGCUGGAGAAACACCAUCAAGCCGCUUUCCCCCGCCGCGUUGGGGAUGGCGCGAUGAGGCAUUGCAGGCAGCUUUCACUUGACGCC